AUGUUUAUCAGUAACCUGAAACCCUCUCAACAAGACAUGGAGGAAACCGACGAAUUGGUUUGGCGCAAUAAUUUCCUCGAACCAGCUCCCAGAUCCGCAACUGCUACCACAGCCGGCUUUCCACCUCUUCUUCACAACGGUUUUGACAACCUUGACAACCACGAGUGGAACAAAUCCGUGAACAAUCUAAAAGACUUCUGUGGCCAAACGGCACAAGCCAACUCCAACAACAACAACAACAACAACAACGCCUCUGCCACUUCCAUUCACAACUUCCAUCAUAAUCACAAUCCUCAUCAGUUUGACCCCACGUCUUCGACUCCUCACCUAGACAUGGGCAUGGACAUGGACAUGAUGACUUCCCCUUCCCACUUCAACAUGUCCUUUGACUCCUCCACCAUGUCUGCGAGCUGUUCGCCGUCUGUGGGCGCCACAUGGAGCGAAUCAUCUCCAGAGUACGAGACGUGUCGCCAACAGGAAGCCAACAGCAGCAACAGCAGCUUCCAUCGGCCUUCCACCACCGAGAGCAGCAACCCAAGUACCAGUAAUGACGCACAGUCCUUUUCUCCCACGAGUGACGCAAGCUGGGGUUCGUCUCCCGCUCCGAUCCAAGGGAGCUACAUGGACCUUUCGGAUACCACUGGCACCGCAACCACUACCGCCACCUCUCAUCGCAGCAGCAGCAGCAUGUCUGCUUAUCCCGGUCAGGGUCAGCAGAAUCAGCAACAACAGCCAGCAGAUCUCCCCCCUCACUUGUCGAGUUUCCAAGGAUCUGUUGAGACAGACACCUCUGGUCUCUUCAACAAUGCCGGCAGUGCCCCUUCUCAGCAGCAACAACAAACUGCCAACAUGUCAGAUUUCGUAGUCUGGCCAUCGUCGUCGCAACCAUCCAUCACCUCGGCUUCACCCUCGUUUGCUUCCCAUCAACAAGCUGAACCAAGGUGGCACAACCUACACCAGUACUCCGCUGUCUCUGCUGCUGAGCCAAUGUUUGAUGAACCUCGGUUUUCGUCAUCGUCUGCAUUCGACAACAUGUCUGAUGGAGGCAUGUCCUCUACCAACAUGCCAUCAAGCCCCAUUAACCCAUUUGAUGCGACUAGUCACCCCUCAGUUCUCUGUGACGGCCUUCCCAGCCCUACGCGCAGCAGCUUUGGACGUUCUGUCGGCGGUGUCUCACUUCAGCUUCAGCAGCAGGGCCAGUUCCCAUCAGUCAUGCUCAACGGCGGCCAGCUGGCGUCGGGCGGCGUUUCGUUUGAUGGAAGCGGUAGUAACUUCUCACAUACCCAUCAUCCGUCUUCCUCCCCCUCUUCUGGCACCAUCGGCGGCGGCGGUGGUGGCGGUGGUGGCGGUGGUGAUAUCCUCUUCCGAGGCCCCAUCUCUAACCGCACGGUAUUUGAUUACCCAUCAUCGGCUUCGGGUCCUACACACUUUGAUCAGGACAUGAAGGCCGAGGGACCACUGUCCGUCUCGCCCGGCUCGCUUUGGUUGAACAACAGCCAUCAACAACAUCAGCACCACAAGACGCCGACGCCUCAUCCAUCGCCUGACUCCUCCCCUCUCGGCGACCACAGCUUCUUCCACCAGAACAACCAGAUGCCCUUGCCCAUUGACUUUGGCGUCAGCAACAACGCUCAGUUCGGCAAUAGUCACAUCAACACCAGCCAACUCCAUCCCCAUUACGUCCAGCAACAACAACAAAAACAACAAAGCCGGGCACAGACACAGCGCAAGUCCCUCCCUCACAGCCCUCCUCAUCGGAUGGGCGGCGGUGGCGGCCGCCCGCCUUCCCCUCGCUAUAACCCCGCUGUGAUGGCCACGAGAGAGAUGCUUCCUUCCCACCCCAACUCUCCUUCCAUGUCCAUGCACUGGGGACAUCGUCAAAACCAGCCUCACGGUCUUCCCCAUCAUCACCAGUUGAUGAUGAAACCCAACACCAUCCCCUCCCACGCCAACCACCCCCAGCAGGGGCACCUCGCGUCCAUGUCCCACCCCCGUCGCAGCCACCAACAACCCUUCCACCACACCCAAAACCACGGCGCCCACCCGUACCACCCAUCUUCCGGCCCCUCCUCCAGUAGUACCAAGCGUCGCGCCCAAGGGGGUCUCCCCGUCACAGCAACCGACCACCUCAAGCGCCAGAGAGCCGAACAAGACGCGCUGCUGGUUCGUCUUCGCAAGCAAGGAAAGUCGUACAAGCAGAUCGCGCAGAUUGGUCGGUUCACGGAGGCGGAGUCGACGCUGAGAGGACGGUACAGGACUUUGACAAAGAGUAGGGAGGAGAGAGUUCGGAAGCCGGAGUGGACUGAUAAAGAUUUACGUCUCCUCGAACAAGCCGUUCGCACCCUAGCCAAGGGGCCGUUGAGCGUUACUUACUCUAACCCCAGGACAUCGUCCUCCACCCCGUCGUCGUCGUCGUCGUCGUCGUCGUCGUCGUCGUCGUCGUCGUCGUCUUCCACCACAGGUCCCACCCCCGGUCCGGCCGGUGAGGCAAUGAGUAUCACCUCCUUGGUCUCUACCUCUUCCGCUGCCUCAAAGUCCAAGGCCAAGUCAUCGGACCCCUCCACCUCCGCCUCAUCCCCCAACACCACCACGCAAUCCCAGUCCCAACCCCACCAACCCAGUCAACAAAGGGGCAUCCCAACAACCACGACCAAAAUCCCCUGGAAGCAAGUAGCCCACUACAUCUUCGAGCGCGGCGGCUCCUACAAGUUCGGCAACGCCACCGUCCGCAAGCGGUGGGAGGAGCUGAUGCGCAGCGAGCUGGCCAAGGGCAAGGAUCUGCACAUUGACUUUUGGAAGCAGAGGAGUAAGCGGAGUCCUUACCACUCGCUUUCUCAGUCUCGGUCUGCUUCAGCCUCUUCCUCUUUCAAUUCGAGGGCUGGUUCUACCCGUCAGGUUCAGGCUCAUGGCCAGGCUCGUGGCUCGGUUUCUGGGCCUUCUUCAGGUGAGGAGAGGGGUGUUAGGCACGAGGCUGCUGCUACUGUCACUACCACUACCUCUACUCAUAUGAAGAGCGAGAGGGAUGAUGGUGAGGGUGAUGGUAACCUAGCCUACUCUGACUGGCUCGACAUGAGUGCCCUUGGCGAUGAUGCGGAGGAGGAUAAUGGCAACGGCAACGGCAAUGAUGGAGAUGGCGACUACGACGUCUCUGAUGCUUUGGACUCCGAGGAGGAAGAGGAGGAGGAGGAUGAUGAUGAGGAUUCGGAUGGUGAUUACAUGGAGGAGUGA